CAAUUCAUUGACAUCACGUUUUACUCACAUCUAAUCAGAGUUAGCACUUUAACGUGAUCCAUGCAUUCAUCCCUACAUUAACGGCACGGCGCUUAUCGCCGGACGUAGGCAAUUAAAAGGUCGUCUGCCUUCGUCUCGACUGCACCGCGACGGUCUAGCGACCGGAAGCGGCUCGCACCAAAUAGCGGCAUCGAUCGCCAAAAAACUAACCCACAUACGCACUGGCAGCGUAGCCGGAAUUAUUAAUCGCAGAGGGAGUAGGAGGGUGGUGUGAGCGAGGGCGGUGUGGUCGGGCGGCUGGCGCGCACGCGCGGGCGGCCGGCGGGCACUCCGCGAGGAAGGCUCGCGCGCUCCGCCCGCGUCCCGGCCGCGAUGCGCGAGUCCCCGGGCCCGCGGCCGCGCCGGCACGCGCCGCGCUAACAGCACCCAUGCAGUGGCGAAAACUUACCAGGUUGAAGUCUUCGCCGGGCGGACAGUCGCGCGCUCGGAGGAUGCUUUGCUGCGGCCGCAGGAAGGAGAACGGCCGCGCGGCGCCGGACCUGACGGCGUCGCCGGGCCGCGCGCCGCCCGGCCCGCCGCAGCCGCCGCGCGCCAACCAUGCGCCGCCCUGCGUGCUGCAGCCCGAUUUUAGAAAGGUCUCGGGGGUUAGCAAUGAGAUAUUCAGGCAAAUUGAGAUGGUCGAGAACGACCACGACGCGACCACAGCCGCGGCGCUCGAGGCGGUGGAGCGCCGCGGCGAGAUGAUCGUUCGAAUACUGGAAAUACGACAAGUCGGCCGGAACAAUAUUGAAGCCGCCAAGAAAUUCUUCUCGCUACAGGACGCCCGCCACAUAGUCCAACUAGUGGAAAUUGUGAAGCGGCCAGGCCAGACCCUUGGUCUGUACAUAAGAGAAGGCGACGGAGGCACGCGGACGGACGGCGUGUUCAUCUCGCGGAUAGCUCUCGAGUCGGCCGUGUACAACAGCGGCUGUCUCAAGGUCGGAGACGAGAUCCUCGCGGUCAACCUCGUCGACGUGAGGCGGAUGUCGUUGGAUGACGUGGUCAUCAUCAUGUCGAUACCCAGGCGGUUGCUGCUCUGUACGAGGCAGAGAAAAGGUAAAUCAGGGCCAGGCUCGCCGUCCCUGCCUCGUUCGGAGCACAAGCCGCCGCCGGUAGUCGUCCUGAAGCGGGACUGCCGGGACGACGACGACCGGGACCGGGACCGGGAUCGAGUUGAUGGACUUUACUCGCACCACGGCACGUUGCGCUCGGCGGUGGGUCCGGGCGGUGGCGUGAGGCCGGUGGGUGACGGGCGCGAAGAGCGCAGUCGACUGCAACUGGGCGCGCUCUCGCCGGACUCCAACGCACUGGACUUGUACUACAAUUCACGACCGCCUUCCGAUCACUCGACGUGGAGCUAUCGCCCGCCACCACCAGUAAUCACGGAACAACCCAAAUCAGCUGCAACGCAUUUCGUGCCGUAUGAGCGGUCAUAUCCAAACACCUUGGAAAGUCUCGCUGAGAAGGUGCAUUCGUACUAUCCAUCUGAUAGUGGAAGUUCGCGAUUUAAUCCACGAGUUCCAAGAUCUGGUUCAGAACAACAGUUACCUAGAGCCGAAACUCACUCUGAUUUUGGCCGGCAUUCGUUGCUAAGGUCUAGCUUAAAGGCUUCUGCCGCUACUGGUGCUUCAAGUUUAUCGAGAUAUAAUCAAAGAUAUGGAGUUGGAAUGGGAGUAUCAGGAUUACCAGGCAGUGGCGUGACAGGCAGUGGUUUAACUAGCUCAGGUUAUGGAGGCCCCGGGCUUCCCUCUGGUCUGUCCACCACUGGUCUUAGUGGGUUAACUGGAUCAAGCCUAGUAGGAUCUGGCCUAACGAGUUCCGGCCUUGGUGGAGGCUUGACGGGAUCCGGUUUGGGCACACUUGGAGGGACUUAUGGAACGACUGGCUUAGGACUACCGUCGUAUAGCACGAAGUUUGGAACGAGCAGAAGAAAUAGGAGUUUGGAUUAUUCGUCGGACACAGAGGCGACCGCUCCUACUAGAACUCCAUAUUAUUCUGGACUAAGUGGAUAUCGGAGCAGUACGCUGGGAAGAGAUAUUAGUUCGAAGUUCAAUUCACUACCAAGGGACGUCAGGAACACGGGUCAGAGGUUAGGGCUAUCGAGGCGCGCAGGAAGCGUACUUCAAGAUGAACCGGAACCAUUGUCUUCACGUUUAGAUCUACGUUCUUCCAGAGGUCGUUUAACAUCUUCGUCGUCAGUGUUCACGUCGGACGAGUACCGCGCGUGGCUGUCGCGCGCGCCGUCCACCAGCGCGCUCUACGAGACGCUGCGCCCGCGCCUGCCCACGCACUACUCCGCUGAGAACAUACACGACGCGCUCAAGAAUAUGGAAAGCGGCAGUCGUUUCGGGUCUUCCCUCGGCUUGGCGAACCGGCGCGUAGAGCGGCCGCGACACCUCCCCGCGCGCUCGCUCUCGUCUCAGCAGCUCGGACCGACGGCCGGCGGCUCGCCGUCGGCGCGCCGCGUGCGGCAGCUGUUGGAGCUGGGCUCCAGGUUCAACUGCCCGAACCCCAGCCCCGUGCCGACGCCCGGCUCGAGACAUCAUCGCCAUCUAGAUAUAAAUCCCAAUGAGUUCCUAAAAUACAAAGUGGAGAAGCCAGGCUCAGGUGGCCUGUCGGCUUCCAUGACCGGCCUAUCUCGCCUGUCGGGCGGUGUAUCAGGCAUGCUAUGGGUGCACUUGCUGGCCGGCCGGAACCUGCGGCCGGCGCCCACGGGCUCGUCACCCGGCUCGCCGCCGUCGGGGCCGCUGGCGCCCGCGCAGCCGCCUGUGGCGCCUAGGGACCUGUAUUGCGUGCUUGAGUGUGAUCGGGUGCAUAAAGCGAGGACAGUGGUCCGUACAGGAGAGCUUCAGUUCGACUGGGACGAAUCCUUCGAGCUGGAGCUAGUGGACAACCGGCAGUUGGACGUGCUGGUGUACUCGUGGGACCCGCAGCAUCGGCACAAGCUGUGCUACCGCGGUGCCGUAACGCUGCCCGACCUGUUGGCGAGGUCGCCUCAUCAUCAGUUGGCCAUUAAGAUGGAGCCCCGCGGCACGCUAUACGUGCGCGUCCGUCACACGGAACCUCACGAGCUGUUCCGACGACGGCCGGCCGCGCCGCGCCUCUCGCCCCCGCCACUGUUCGGGGCCGAGCUCGACACGGUGGUGGCACGAGAGGUGCGGCCGGCACACGCGCCGCCAGUACCUCUCAUCGUGCGACGUUGCGUUGAGGAGAUUGAGCGGAGAGGGUUGGAUAUCAUAGGCCUGUAUCGAUUAUGCGGUUCAGCCAACAAGAAGCGCAUUCUCCGCGAAUCGUUCGAGAGGAACGCGCGCGGAGUAGAGUUGGCACCAGACUCGGUGCCCGACAUCAACGUCAUCACGGGCCUGCUCAAGGACUACCUGCGGGAGCUGCCGCAGCCGCUGUUCAGCCGGUGUUUGUACCAGAUGACGCUUGAUGCUCUAGGAGUAUGUCUUCCGGAUGACCGAGAAGGCAACGCCCGUCUGAUGGCCUCGAUAGUAGAAUGUCUGCCCCGCGCCGCGCGCGCCACCCUGGUCUUCCUACUCGACCACUUGGCGUUAGUCGUGGCAGCUCAAGACCGGAAUAAAAUGUCACCCCAGCAUCUAGCGGUGGCCUUAGCGCCCCCAUUAAUGCUGCACUCUCAACCGCCUACGGACCUGGAUUACCAGAGACCAAUUCAUGUCCUACAAUGUCUUCUUCAAAUAUGGCCUGCGCCUAAACGUUCAGUUCGGCGCGGCGAGCCAGCAACCGGGCUGCGUGGAAACAGAGUCAGUGCGUCGCAAGCGGCCUCACUCAUCCUACCCCAAGGCCGAGUUCCGCCCUCAGUCAGUCCAUAUCGGCCUCAAGUGGGAGCAUCAGCAGCAUCUCCGCCGCCAGCUCUCUCGGCUCGGCCCGCGCCCGACCGCUCGCCGCCCGCACAUGUUCUCUCAUCAGUCAGGGCCGGCCAAUAUCGUCCGCAGUCGCCUCUCCGCGGGCCUCUGCCCGCUCCGCCUCGCUCCCGUCAGGUGACGGUAUCCUCUCCCGGUUCGCCCAGCAGUAGCUCCGGCAGCCACAGCCCGGCGGACACAAUUAAACACGGUGGCUCCGUGUCGUCAAUCUUACGGCAACCUGACCGAGCCGCCUCUCCGAGAGCCUCCCCAAGGCACUCGCCCCGGGCCUCUCCUCGGGAUUCACCUCGGACGAGUACGCCUAGGGAUGGCACGCCUAGAGAAAGUACUCCGCGGGAUUUGACCCCGAGGGAUCUGACGCCAGGCCGCGAGCCGGGCUCUCGGGACUCGCCGCGGUUCGCCAUCCCGGGCACGUCGGCGGGGCUAGCUGUGACCCUGAACUCGGGCGGCGGUGGCGGCGCCCUGAGCCCUCGUUACUGCAGCGCCACCAACCCGUUCCUGCAGCAGUAUGACGCGGAGGAGGAGGCGGAGGCGUGGCGCGCCACCGACAUCUUCUCCCCUCCCUCAUCCACGCACACAUAGUGCUCAUAGCGAAUUGAGAUUUUCUAGUCAAUUUUUUUAUCGAAUCGAAAGAGUGCUACGAUUCUGCUGUAUAUUAUGUUAUUUAACGAGCGUGGUGCGCGUUCGUAAUGUUUGUUAUAUAUAGAGCGAGUUACGAUGUAUAUUAUUGUGAGAAUGUACACUGACGCGCGAGGCACCCGCCUCGCCGGCCGCCGACGCUCCGCCCCGUAGCCUCUAUAGUGUUUAUCGUAUUGUAAUGUACAUUGUAUAUAAUUAUAUACGUAUAUGUAGGUACGCUCCAGUUUUGUACCCUUCGGUCGGAUCUGCGGCGGGCGGCCCGAGGCGCUACACACAUCAUCCCACAUAUCAGACGCUUGUGCGCGCUUUCGGCGCGGGCUUUACGAAGAUUCCUAACGAACUUACUAAAACAUCAUUAAUAAAAAGUUACUGUCCCAUGGCGUCGACAGAACGUACAAGCCAGUAGCUCGAGUAGGGAGAGAGUAUCAUAGAGAUCAGACGUACGGACUGUCUUGAGACUGAGACCAUAUCAGAGUGAGUAGUUAGGGGCUGCGAGCCACACGCGGGGACCCCUCGGAGAAUGAGCGAUCGACUUAUAGUAUAAAGUUUGAAUUUUGCUAUAUUCAGUUACCCGAUGCAGAGUUUAAUCAUAAAGCCAAACAUUAAAAUUAAUAAUUAUCUACUCAAAUAUUGACAAGUAACAAUAAAGUUUUUAAUAUAAUAGUGUUAAGAAAACAUUUACACAAAUCGCUUUUUCUGCGAGGGAAUGGGUAUAAAUUAGGUUGAGUUCGGUCGCAAUCUCAAGAUCAGAGGAGCUAUGUUUAAAUUCCGAAGUCAUGAUCACCGAUCAACGACCUUGAGAGGUCUAUGUCCAAUCUAGGACAAUCUAGAACCUGGCCACUGUCAGAUAUUACAAGCCGGCUAUCGAAAUCGAUGUUUCGGUAUUUGAAAAUAGAAUCUCAGUUCAAUUAUAUUACAGGAGCGUCUGCUAGACAUAUAAGAGUGGGAGAAAUCGACCAAUGACUGCACUGAUUCAGUUAAUCAUCACUGCCAUGAUUGGUCCAUUUUUGAUAGAAACCAUAAUAUUGUAUACACUUGUUUAUAUGUCUGUCGGAAGCUACAUGGUUACCAGACACUUUUGAGCAACACUUCAAGACAAAAUUUUGUUGUUGAUAACUGUUUUAUAAACCAUUUGCACAAAUAACACGACUGAUAUGGGACACAAAAACAUUUUGAUACUUGUUUUUUUACCUGCCCCUCGUUUAUAAUGAUACGUUACUUUGGAACCUCGCUUAUAGUAAUAACGUAGCUCUUACAUAUUCGUCCACGAAUUUCAAUCGCUCUAAGGAUGGGGUUUUAUAAUAAAAUACACAAACACACGGUGGAUAGUUUUUUUUAUAUGGAAUACCUAUCUGGUUACUAUUCAGUAUUCCACGGGCAUAGUUGCAAUGAUGUGCAAAAUUGCAGUUUGGAACAACAUCACUACACCUUAUAAAACAAAGUCCCCCGCCGCGUUUGUCUGUUUGUAUGUGUGUUCGCGAUAAACUCAAAAACUACUGAACAGAUGUUCAUGCGGUUUUCACCUAUCAAUAAGUGAUUUUUAAGGAAGGUUUAGGUGUAUAAUUUGUUAAGAUUUUGAAUGUCCCGUGCGAAGCCGGGGCGGGUCGCUAGUAAAAAAUAAUUCUAAUAUUGUCAAUUGAUUGAUUCUACCACCUAUUGUUAAUAGUGAAAUACGAAUAUUUAUGUACGUAAUAUUUUUUACGUCAUCGUACAACAAGAUCUUUGUAAUUCUGGCCUCAUCCUUAAUAUUCUGACGUGAAUUAUCAGGGUUUCUUGGUGAUAGUAUUCGAGGAAAAUUGUAGUACUAGCAUCCAAUGCUUAAGGGAAACGAUUCAAUUGAUUUGCAUAUUAAGUACUGCCUACCUACUAGCAGUGACUAGUCGCUUAUUGACUGACAGACUAUAUAAUCGGCCAAUAAUAUUUAUAAGGGGAUGUCUGAGGUUAUGUAUAUAGAGGUGCUCGUUUGUAGAUGAUGGCUUUAAGAUUUGGAUGAAAAUAAUGUCAAACUGUCUGUCAUUGUCAUGCCGUGGCCUUCACCUCUAUGUAUGUACCCUCAAACAAAUGACAUAAUGAAGUUAAUCAGCAAUGUUUAAAGUUCCUGGGGCUUCUUUAUGAAACAACGUUAUGAGAUUCGUGCACGGAAUAAACUACUACAAUAAUAUUAAAAUGGUACGAGUAAUAUACCAAUGUUUAUCUAUCUCUGUAUACUGUAGACAUGAUUGUAAAUAAACUUAAAGCCGUCAUAUUUACUCUUUGUACGUCGGUACAUUUUGUUGGAUAUUGGACGUGUUAUUGCAAUUUAUAU